UUUCAGUCUUGAUCUUGACGUGGUGCAUUAUUUCCGCCUUUCUUUAAAAUGUGGGAAAUUGGUGACAGGUUUUUGUGAUUUCAUCCAUUUCCUGUCCUUGGCUUUAUGCUUUUUUUGUAGUCAUGACAACUGCAUAAGUACUACUUCAUUGGCAGCUGCAUGAACUGAGAAGGAGGAGUGAUCAGGGGGAGAUUGAGUAAAGGCAGUAGCAGAUAGAGAUCAUCUUAGAAUAAAGACAGACUCUCUGCACCAGAAAAAUGGGCUCUGAUAACAUCACUUCCACUACACCUCAACCAGAUGAGUCUGGUGGGGUUUCGAGAAAUCUACACAUCGUGUCCCUGUUCGUCUACAGCGUGGUGCUCGUGUUUGGGAUUCUGGGGAACGGUGCAGUCAUCUACGUGACGGGCUGCAGGAUGAAGAGAACCGUCAACUCAGUCUGGUUUCUCAACCUGGCUCUGGCUGACUUCCUCUUCACAGCCUUCCUGAUUUUUGCGAUAAUGUCUGUCUCUCAAGAGCACCAAUGGCAGUUUGGAGAAUUCAUGUGCAAGCUCAACGGCUUCGUGGCUGUAGUCAACAUGUUUGCAAGUAUCUUUCUGCUGACAGUCAUAAGUCUGGACCGGUGCCUGUCGACCUGGGUGGUGGUGUGGGCACAAAACAAGCGCACCGUUUGCAAAGCACAGGUCACAUGCGCCGUCGUGUGGAUGACUGCUGUUGUCUGCAGCAUCCCUUAUGCCCACUUUCGGGGGCUUGUGGUCAUAGAGGGCAAUAUGUACUGUGGUUAUCCUGGAAACAUUACUCAUGAACAAAAAUAUUUUUUCGACAUCUUCCGCUUUGUCGUGGGCUUCCUCAUCCCUUUCUUUGUAAUACUGGUCUCUUAUGUUGCAAUAGGGGUUCGUGUAAGCCGUUUGCAGAGGAACGGGAGAAAUAGAUCUCGCCGAAUAAUUUUCUCUAUUGUUGUUGCAUUUUUCCUCUGCUGGUUGCCCUUUCACAUUUUCAGUUUAAUUCAGUUGUACACCACUAACCAAAAUGUUCGCAAUACAGCCCGUAUUGUGGGUCCUCUGCUUGUGGCCCUAGCUUAUUUGAACAGCUGCCUGAAUCCGAUUCUCUAUGUUUUCAUGUGUGAGGAAUUCCAAAAGAAGCUCAAGUCGUCCAUCUGCUUGGUCCUAGAGAGCGCCUUGGCAGAAGACCACUUGUCAAUUAUGUCGCCUCGCAGCUUGUCGUCACAAUUUUCUCGGAUAACCCUGAGGUCCAACUCCACUGCACCCACAGAGACGAAAGGCACUGCCACUUCCUUGAACUUUGAAGAAAGCAAGAUGGUCAUCACUGUGGAGAGAGACGAUGAGACUGAAUAAGGUCUGCAGAGCCACUUCUGUAACACAGAAAUCCCAGAGGAGAGAGACAGUGAGCAACAGUGAGGACUGUAGCUCAGGAGAUGUAAUCAUCACACAAGCCUUAGCUUUGAUGAUUGAGCUGUACAAAUUUCACAGUAAUUAAAAUGUUAUUUUUGGAUAUGUUCUUCCUUCUAUAUCUCCCCUAAACACACUACUCACCAGACAGUGUUUAACCUGAAGGGAGUAAAUAUGUUUCACUGGAACGUAUACUCUGCAAAUCAGACCAUUCCCAGAAUCCCAGAAACCCACUGCAAAAGGAAAUAUCAUUUCAAAACAAGGAAAUGUAAAUUAAUGUCACGGUUUGGUUCUGCUUCCUGUUUUAUUUUGUAGUUUCAUGUCUCUUGUGUCCCUGGGUUAGCUUCACUUCCUGCCUUGUCCUGUGAUUUCCUGAUUGUUUCCAUCUGUGUCCAAUCACCUGCACCUCCCUAGUGUAUUUAAGCCCUGUGAACCCUGACAAAUAAAAUAAC